UGUAUCAAAGGUUUAAUGUUUGCUGAGCAAAAAACCUGAAACCUAAGGAAAAAUCAUAGAAGAAAAAAAUGCACCCAUUGUCUUCAAUUCGACAGCUUCGCCAUUCCUCUACUUCAGCCUUGCUUCAACGCUUUAGCAACUUCAAUUGGGUGUGUCGAGCUUCUUCCAACCGCCCUGCUUUUCUCGGAGGUUUAAAGAGUUUCAGUGCCGGUGCACAUUCUUCUGAGAAUGUUGGAACUCCGGAGAAGAAUUUUGAUCAACAGACAAUGAAGGAUAAUGUCUCUGCUACAUAUGCUUCGACUUUCCAGAAUUUUUUUCGUCCUUUAGGUGAACAAUCUACUGAGAAUGUUGGACAUCUAGGGAGGAAUUUGGAUCAACAGGCAGUGAAAGGGAAUGUCUCCGCUAGAUAUGCUUCGGCUUUCCGGGAUUUUACUCGUCCUUCAGGUCAAACAGAAUUCAGGUCAGGCGGGAAUUACAGGUCCAUGGAUGUUGUGAUGGAAGCAAUAGAUGGAGAUAGAAGGGCAAACUAUAGGGGUUCUCAAUUUCGGCAAGACCAUAUCGAGCAAAACGAACAUUUUGCGCACAUAAAGAUCAUGCGCAACAAUACCUUCGUCACUGUGACAGAUUCCAAUGGAAAUAAAAAAUGUGGAGCCUCGGCUGGAAUGUCAGGACUUUUAGGAGGCACGAAAGUAUCUAAGUAUGCUACUGAAGCAGUGGCAGAAUAUGCUGGGCGCAAGGCAAGGAAAAUGGGGAUUAAAUCGGUUGUGGUAAGAGUGAAAGGCUUUAUCCAUUUUAAGAAGAAAAAACAAGCAAUUCUUAGCUUUCGUGAGGGCUUUAAAAAUCCUAUUGUCUUCAUUGAGGACGUCACUCGUCAUCCACAUAAUGGAUGCCGGCUUCCAAAGAAGAGACGAAUCUAACUUCCUUGCCUUCUCUAUCUAGAGGGCUUGAUAGUGGCCGUGACGGCAUGUUGGUUAGGGUGUUGCCAUGGUAUGCUGUUAUAUCAACUCAAACAUAUUCAUGUUUUUCUAUUAUCGGUUACUUCAAAUCAUCCAUAAAUUUACUGGUUUGUCUGAUACACUGUUUGCUUGCCAUCUGAUUUUGAUGAAUUAGUUGUUGGGAUUAUCUCUCUUAUUUUAAUAUCUUACAAAAUGGUUAAUGCUUCA